AUGCUCGGCAACCUUAUAAUCAACCACUUGACGGAACAAAUUAGCAUCCAAAAUGCAAUCUCGACUGCCAUAAACAGCUGCCUGAACACCUGCCAUCAGCUUCGCAAUCUCUCUUCCGGAAAAACCCUCUGUCUUGGCAGCAGCUUCCUUGAUGACAUCAUCAUUAAGUCCCUUGAUCUCUAUCUUCUUCUGCCCUUCAAGCGUUCUUCUUCACCGGGCAAAGGGAAUUCUAAAACCUCGUCUAUACGGUCAGCAAUGGCCGAAUCAAGAUCACUAGGCCGGUUUGUAGCUAAGGCAAGGACUAUGUCUUUCGACUGGUCACCCGUGCGGAAUAAGAAAUCUUUCGGGAGGUUCUACUUACUCGCACAAGAAUGCAUCUGCUUCAUCAAUGAAGAGCAACAAACCCCUGUUGGACUUCUUGGCCCAAUCAAACAGCUGGUGUAUCUUCGUGACAGCCUGAGAACCCAGUGGCGCAACAUCACCUCCCGUCAUCAGUGCAUAAUCAAGACCCUGUAA